GUGAAGAGCGGCCCGCCUGCCGUGAUUCCCGAGGAUGACGGAUUUGCUCCGAAUGCUGGGAGUGACGAGGAGGAGGCCAAGAAGUCCACAUCCACCGCACCUGCUGCCUCCAAGCCGUUUUCCUUUGGCGCUGCAACCUCGUUGACCAAACCCGCUCCCGGCGUUGGUUCUGGCGCUGUGCCCGCAGCCCCGUCGAACCCUUUCAGCUUUGGCGGCAGCGGCAGCGGCGGUGCAGCCCCUGCUGAAAAGCCCGCAGCCCCGUCGAACCCUUUCAGCUUUGGCGGCGGCAGCGGUGGUGCGGCCCCUGCUGAAAAGCCCGCAGCCCCGUCGAACCCUUUCAGCUUUGGUAACACUGGUAGUGGCGGCAUGCUUUCUAAGAACGUAUUUGGUCCAUCUACUUCUGGUGGAGUGUUUAGGAGCUCUUUUGGGAACUAG